AUUGAUCCGGCUGGUCACAGAUGGAGAUGUGAGUCGAGCUUGAGUGGCUCAGGCCUCCGAGUGUCACGUUUCUCUCGGCCCUCCUGAAGUGUGGUUUUUCAAACAAUGCAUUUGAACCCAAGAGUCCUCCCCGUUCUCUUCCCCUCAACAUGUACCUAUUAUUAAAGUCACAGAUACAGUCCGUGACAGGACAUGAAUGCACUUAUCAGAAAAUGCUCUGUCGCAAAGCCUGUGUCAGAAAGAGGAAGUGCUACCUACUUCUCUGCCACAUCCUCUCAUUUUAGAUUACCUUCCCUUUUGACCCUGUGACAUGUUAGUUUCUUUUCAAACAACACUUUGAAAUCGAGCGCAUUCAAGCCUUUUUCAUUGAUGGGACUUGCAGGAGCUGCCAUUCAGAUCGACUGCAGCCUUCCACUUCUUCUAUCGCUGUUUUGACAGUUUGCGAAGUUGACAUCAGUUAAGGAAGUCGAUUCAGCAGAAGUCACACGGUUCUGUCGCUCUGAGUGCUGAAGGUAAGCUUUUUCAAAAAGACUUUUUGUUUAUGACCUUGUUUGAAAGUUACUGUCAACCUCAGGAAAAGGAAGCCACACAAACAUAAAGCACACAGAGAAAGAAAAGUUCCUUGUUGAGUCUUUUCUCCUCGCCAGACCCAGGAAACAACGGUUUGACAUGCUCCAGGUCACGUCUGUUUUGUCAGCAGGUGUUCCUUCAUGUGUUUGCUGUUUUCGUCUUGGACCGAAUGAUUGAAAAUGUUCAGAGGGAGAGGUGUCUGAGCAGAGCUGACUCUUCUGUCGGUUUUGUUAAGAGGUCAUGGCAAUGGAGGCUGACGUCUUUGACUACAGCAAAGAAGAAGAUGCUCUGGACGUUGAGUCUUUUCAGGGAGAAAAGAGGAAACUCAUUCAGCCAGCAUCUUUAAAAGAUCCCAAACUCGAAAAGCUAAAGCAGGAAUUGGUUGAUUGGAUCAAUAAGACUUUGAAACCGGAGCACAUAGUGGUUCAGAGUCUGGAGGAGGAUCUGUACGAUGGACUGGUGCUUCAUCACCUGCUGUCCCAGUUGGCAGGAGUGAACUUGACCGUGGAGGAGAUAGCACUGACCAGCACGGCUCAGAUCCGCAAACUGGAAAUCAUCCUAGAGGAGUUGGACAAGAGGCUGGGCCUGCAGGACUGCAGUCACGUCAAAUGGAAUGUCAAACUCAUCCACAACAAAGACCUUCUGGCCACGAUUCAUCUGCUGGUUGCCAUGGUGAAAUGCUUCCAGCCUGAACUGGAUUUGCCACCAAAUGUGAAGGUUGAAGUUGUCGUCGUGGAAGUCAGCAGGAGUGGAAUCAAAUCAGAUGUGCAGACAGAAGUCCUAACAGAGGACAGCAGCAACAUGAGCUCCGACUCCCACAGCAGUACUGAAAGGGAAGAUCCCAUCGAGCAACUGCUGAAGCUUGAGGCUCACAAGGUCAACACAGUGAAGAAGGCCAUCUUACAUUUUGUCAACCAGAAUAUGGCAGCUAUGGGUCUGCAGGUGGCUGAUAUGGACAAACAGUUUGCUGAUGGUGUGAUUCUGCUACUGCUGAUUGGACAGCUGGAGGGCUUCUUCGUCCCGCUCUUUGACUUCAACCUGACCCCUGUCAACGACUCUGAGAUGCUUCAUAAUGUGACCUUGGCCUUGGACCUCCUGAAUGAUAGCGGCCUGCAGCUGUCGACUGUUGACCCACAAGAUAUCGUCUCUCAGGACGUCGCCGCCACCUUGAAGGUCCUGUACGCCCUGUUCAAGAGGCACAAAGAGAAGUGAAAAAGGACAUUUUGUGAAAAGGAGCUGGAAAUAAGAACAAAGCUGGGUGGAGAGUUUGACCAAUUAGUUAAAGAUGCUGUUCACGGUUUCUUAGAAACUUGACUGACGCUGUCAUUCAGGAUGAUGUCGAGCAGGGGUGUCAAACUCCUCUUAGUUCAGGGGCCAAUUUGAUCUCCAGUGGGCCCUACCAGUAAAAUCACAGCAUAACAAGCUAUUAAUAACCACAACUCCUAAUGUUUGCUUUGUUUUAGUGCAAAAAAGUUCACAUUUAAGGAAUUAUCUUUUUCAAAAAACAUUUUGAGCAACCUGAAAUUUCCUAAGAAAAAUAAAUUCAGUUUCAGCAACAUUAUGUCUCAGUUUAUCAUUUUCACAUUACAACUUCCAGAUCAGAGUGUCUACAAAGGAACAAAAUAUUUAGUCAAAGGUAUCUGGAAGUGAAUGAUAUAGUAUUUUACUUUAUGAUCAAAACGACAAAAGUCAAGAAAAAAACCCUAGUAAAAAUGAGACAAAAUAUUAGAAAAAUGAGACUCAAAAUGACAAAAGAACCAUGAACAAUCUGGUAUUUUGCUUUAUGAUCAAAACAAGUUGUCAAGGUCUAGAAAUUAUUUUAAAUUUGUAGUUUUACAAGUUAAAAAUUUGCAGUUUUUGUCUUGUCUGUAAUUUUGACACUUUACAAAGUCGGCCAGUUUUGGCCCGCAGGCCUCAUGUUUGACACCGCUGAUAUAGAGGACAAUACUAUUUUCAUGCAACCUAGAUUUUCAUAGCUUGGCUGUUAUUGCUACCUAUUAAAAGCCACAGUAAAAUAUUGAUACAUUUACCAUAUGAGAGAUAAUUGAAUGAUUGUUUCUAAAAACAGGAUCAUGACAGAAAAGGUGUUUGUUUUUUUUAUUUCUCUGUGUCAUUAUCCAGCGUAUAUUGUAUAUGAACAUUAUGUCUUGUAGUCAAAUAUGCAGCAGCGAUAACUUCAGGUUUUCGAGGCUCAGGUGUUGGAAGCAGCUGCUGCAGCAAAUGGCUUUGGCAGGAAUGUGUCAGAAGAUUGAUAGGGAGAAGUGUUAAGUUAUGACUGUUUACACCUGACUGAGCCAGAGAUGGCAAUAGCAUGAAUGAAGCAGCUGAUGCAAGUAAGUUAAUGCAAAUGAAACUUCAGAUGAGAGCUCAAUGGCAUCAGUUUAAAAAAAAAAAAAAAAGCAGACACAUGAUCAAGCAUGUUUUAAAUAAACGCCCAAGUUAGACAAACAGCUUUCCAAAAGGAAAUAAAGGAAGAGAAGGGAAAACCUCUCUAUUGUAAAUAUCCAUCACAGUUUACAUCCCAGCUUCAUAUUUUCUUGUGCAAAGAAGUAUUACAAGAAAUGAAGUCUUCUCGACAGCCUGUCUGAUCAUCUAACUGCUUGUGUUUUUUGUCGCCUCUGACUUGCAGCGAUGUUGUCAGCUCUCACAUCUCAGCAAUUACUCUGACGCUUACGUCUUUAUCAUAUCUGAGGAAAAUUAUAGCCAAAGCCGUGAAAUAAGACCUCAUUUGUAAUAACAGGGAAUUAUUACCACUUUAAAAUGAUGCAAUAAAAUAACAUUCAUUAACUGCACACUCAAAGCAAUAAUGCCAGUGAAUAUAUGUCUGAGUGCUAUGUUUAAAAGUAAUGAAAGCUGUUAUCUGCUCACUGCUUAUUGAUAGCAUAAAGACAAUGAUUUUUUUUAACCCUCAUGUCGUCCUGUGGGUCAAAGUUACCCGUUUUAAAGUUUGAAAAUGUGGAAAAAAAUAACUUCUGAUGUCCACAUUUUCAACAUUUUUGGGAAAUUUUUCAACAUUUUUUUGGUGGAGAAAAAAGAAAUGUGGAAAAAAAUGUUUAAGAACAUUCACAAAAAAAAUUUCUGUGAAUGUUCCUAAAGAAAAUAUUUGAAGUUUUACUGAUUAUAUAUGUAAUCAUUUUAGAUAUUUUUAGGAUUUUUUGGGAUGAUUUUUACUCAUUUUUAAAAAAUAUUUCCAAAAUUUUCUUGACAAAUUUGGGAGAUUUUUUUAAAAUAAAAUUUUUAAGGGAAACUUUUAAUUUUCUUCCUGAAAGUUUUGCAAAUUUUCAGAAAUUUGGGGAAUUUUUUUUGCAGAAUUUUUGGAUUUUUUUCCAAACAAGGAAACAAUAUUUUUUUUGUAAAUGAAGACAACAGGAGGGUUAAUCGACAGUAUAAAUAAUAUGUCAACUUUUCCUUGUUUACAUGUUUCUUUUUGGUCCACAUUCUGUCAAAGGAUGUUGGGUAUGGAUGUCAGUGCAGCCCAUUAAAGUGUCGCUCCCUAGUAAUUUAGUGCUUUUUCCUCUGUCUCUGUCUCCUCUUCUUUCACUGCAUUUCCUUUUCAGCCCGGCUCUUGGAAUAUGUCACUUUUCAUUCUUGCCAUACCACUCCCCUGUCUUUGACUGUCACUUCUCAAUAAGCAAUGUGAAUUCCUUUUUCUGCCUCCCCAUGUGUUCCUGCUGGCAGUCUCUGACCUCUUUUUUUCCCCCCCUCUUUUUCUAUUGAAUUGUUCACAACUCAGUGCCACACAAUCGCAGAGCGGGCGCAGCAUGCAGUGACAGACAGACAAUAGAUACCAUUCUGACAAAGCACAUUGAGGUAAUUAUGUGUCAAAUUGGAAAAAAGUCGACAAAAACUGGCAAAGUGCACUUAAUUUUCUCCCCCAUCGCUGUUAAAAUACAAUUUAUUCAAGCCAUUAGUGAUUUUUUUUUAUAGUGGGAGUCUGUUAUAUUUAGCAGUUCUUUAGUGUUAAAUAAUAGCAUUAACAGCAGUCCAUCACUGCUUCUGUGGUUUAGCCUUUUAGAUUCAGAUUGCGUGUUAGCAAAUUGCUGCGUGUCUCUUUGGUUUUAUCUUGAGGUUAAUGUAUGAAUUUGUGACACUAAAUAUUAACCGCCACCACUGUCACACUGCAGAUGUUUGUUGACAUUCAGGAAGCCAAUUUAUUUGUUUCAGCCAAGGUGAUGGAAACGCUCCUAAUUCCCAUUUUAUUUCCCCUGACAUUUCAGAAAGUUUACAUAAAAUUUGCUUAGCAGUCAGAUGGAAACAUUGCUGCUGUACGGCAAGAGACAGCAGAAACACAGCGGUGACGUGCUCAUCAUUCAGUGACCGUUCUGUUAAGCAGCAUUCAUAUCAUGAAAUUCAGAUGAUGGAGUUGCUCUUUUCAAAUUUGCAUCCUUCAAACUGUUCACCCUGAGUGAUUGUAAAGCUAGAUUUGCUUUUUGAAAAUUUAAUUGCACGUUACUUUAUGAAAGCAAAACCAACUUCAAUGCUCGUUCAAAACAUGAAUGAAGACGCUUUCAGUAAAAUGCUCAUUUCACGCAUUUGAAAGCUUUCCAGUGCACAUUAGUAAAAAUUAUAUGAUGCUCUACAAUUGUUCAAGCAUGAAUGAAAUGACUUUUAUCAGCACAUAUUUCACAUAUUCAUCAUAUGUUGUACAAAUCUCUAAGUCAAGACAUAAAAUGUAGACAUUCUGUACUCGUUGUAGCUUACAUGAGUGAUGAACUCUGCAUCCUUGCUGCUUUGACUCUGGGUGCUUUGAGCAGUUUGUCUUCUUCCACAUCCUCAGCCUCCUGCUAAACUGUUUGUUCACAUUCACUGAACGUUGAGUAUAUGAUUGUCAGUCGGAGGGAUUUGGAAUUCAGGGACUGUCUGAUCAAGCAUGCUCAGAUAUUCUGCAGACUGUCACAUGAAAACACAAAAAAAAAGUACUGUUGUUGCAAUAAACGGUUAAAGCCUUCA